AUGUCCACAUCACCGCCAAGGUCUGUCAAAAACAUCACAGCAAGUCUAACAAAUGUUCCCAAUGUUCAAUCCUCCACGAAUUCACGGGUGAACGCAUCCAACUUGAGAAGAUUAGCGAUGGGUUUCGCUAUCAGUGCAACGGUUAUAGUAGCUGCUACCGUGGCUGCUGUUCUUUUUGUUGUAGUAUUUGGAGCGACAUCGACAACAACUGUAACUACAACAACAUCAACAACAGCGACGACUGCUACUACAACGACAACGACUACAACAACUACGACAACAACAACGACGACGACAACAACAACGAAAACAACAACAACUACAACGACAACUGCUACAACGACAACAACUACAACUACAAAGACAACAACGACAACCACUAGCACAACGAGUACUACGACAACCACUACGACAACAACUACUUCGACGACUACUACUACUACAACCACCACCGCUGUACCACUCAGUUACAUGUUUUGGUCGUUUGAUUCGAAUUAUAAUGACUUAUAUAAUAACUACAAUGGUGUGGGCAUGAAUAGUCCCACUUUCUCUUCGCCUGGAUACACUGGCUAUGGGUCGGCUCUCUCGGUUAGUAGCGCUAGUUCGCAAUAUGUACUAGUUGCUGCAUAUAAAAAUAUGACAUACACAAGUUUCACUUGGGAAUUAUGGGUCAAUCCGACAACUUUAAGUACUACUGAUGGCUUGAUGCUGGGAAUGUGUCAGAACCCUAGUUAUAGCUUAUGUUUGUACUUAAUGACGCGUUCCAGUAAACCGUAUUUUGCUUUCUAUGGAAAUGAUUGCAUUGGUUCAACAGUUGUUCCAGCAGGCCAAUGGAGAUCUGUUCAAUAA